CCACUUAGGUUUCUUCCAAGUGUGCUAUUGCGUGCUUCUCACAAUUAAUAUUAACAUUUUACAUGGCCUUUCAUCAGAUCUUGUUGUCACUUUUAUGUAUGUAGGACGAAUGGCUGGAAAAGCUGUAAAGUCUGUAGCAAAAGCAGUUUGGGAAUAUCAAUAUCCAUGGCAAGAAAAGUUAGUUAAAUACAAGGAUGAGCUUUCAAAGGGAGUUUGGGGUUACUGGGAGCUUGGAGCCUGGAAACCUCUAGGGAUCAGUGCUCGCCAUCGAGCUCGCCUCCGCAAGGAAGUUGUUCUUGCUGGACAAGAUUGGCCAUACGAUCCAGAGAGAAAGCAAAUGAGAACCAAGCAGAAAGGGCACAAGUGUGACAGAAUAUCAGCAGAAAAAUGGGCAAAGACAGCUGAACUGAUGCAAAAAAUGCCAGAAAUGUUGGCUGAUUAUAGGAAGAGAAAGUGGGAAAGGAAGAUGAAAGCUGAAGAAGAUGCUGCUAGGAGAUCAGUGCAAGAAUAGGUUUUACCUGGGACUGGGAUCCUUUCUUUUCAACAACAUAAUGGACGAAAGAUUUCCUGCUUACUUGCCUUGUUUUCUUUUUCUGUAUUUUCCAACCGUAGCAAUGGGCACGAAUAGCGGGAUUUGCCUUGCCAUUAGAUGCGAAUUUAAUAACUAGCGCUUUGUUUUUCUUCAUAUGAUCUUAUUAUGAAAACAAACAAAAAGAUGUUUAUGGAGCAUACCAAGUAAUUAAGUUGUUGUUAGUCUAAUAA